AUGACAGUCAUUGCCAUGGAGACAAAGGUGGAGCUGACGUCUCUCAGCUGCAAGACAGGCAAGUGCUCUGGUCUGUGUACUGUCAAGAAGCUCUGUAGUCACAGAUGCGACCAGAAAAGGCAUGAUGAACAACACAAGAAAGCCCUGAAGACAAACCCUUUGAAGGUGCUUCUUACACAAAGAGAACUGUACCGGGAAGCCAAACAGAUGAAUUCCACUGUCAGGAGGUGUGUCAGGGUGCAGCUUAUUAGGAGCAGCAAGGUCACAGAGUUUGAGCCCAAGGGUGGUUGCUUAAACAUCACUGAGGAAAACCAUGAGAUUCUGGUUGCUGGAUUUAGUCCAAAAGGUCAUGCUGCAGGUGAUUUUGCUGAAGCCCAAUUUCAGUUUGUUAAAGUAACCAACGUGUCUCUUUUGUCCUUGUACAAAGGCAACAAGGAAAGACCAAGAUCAUAA